GUGUCCCGUAGCACGACGUCCUUUCACGAUCAUCGUCAUCGUUGACGUCGUUGACGUCGUUUUCGAAUUUUUCUUAAAUUUCAAAUAUUACCAAUUACGCGCCCUUUUCUACGCGCGUUAGAAGUUGAAAAGGGGGACGAUAUGUGUUCGUCGUCAUUUAGUUCUCCUCAUCGGCAUGAUCGCCGUUAUUAUCUGCCUCUCUUUCUCUCCUUCUUAUUCUGAAUUUCGCGCGCGACCUUUUAAGUGUCCGUCUAUUCGUCUUUUCACCAAGAAGGUAGGAAGAGAAAAAGAAGGAAAGAAACAAGAGGAAGAAGACUAAUAUAAAGAAGAUUAACGUCUUCUGGACGAACGUAUUCUCUAUUCUCAGGAUGUCGAGGAUAUCUCAAAGUUUCAUUGUUUUGGCCACUAUCGUAACAGCAUCGUGUUUCAAUGGCGGAAACAAUGAAUCGACGAUUAAGUCAUCUUCGAUAAUAACUACAAGUACAGAUAUAAGCGUGAUCAAUUCGACGACAACAUCCAUAGUAGACGCUACGAUGAUGACGACGAGUUCGAGCGAAAGCAUCAAAAAUAUAACUACUUCGUCAAGUACUUCUAGUGAAAAAGAUUCAGAAGAAGUUUCAACGGCAUCAUUAAUGUCCGACUCUGUUUGGAAAUGUCCUAAUAUUACGAGACCAAGCGUUGAAUGUUCUUGUGAUUUUCCACAUACUCUUAGAUGUACUGGAGAAAGAACAGCUUUACAUGUGAUCAGCGAACAUUUAAAGAGCAGUAAAGCAGGAACCAUUUCUCUCUUAGACGUAACUGUAACAGGAAUUUCUAUAUUGCCAGCAUGUUUCCUCGAAAAUAUUGGCCUACAUGGACUCGUAGUUUCUAGCGGAGAGCUGAGACGCGUUCAUGAAAAUGCAUUUACUGCUCUAGCUAGACCACUUCAGGCUCUUGGACUUCCUAAUAAUCUUUUAGAAUCCGUUCCAACGUUGGCAUUGAAGUAUCUCACUGGAUUAGAUCGAUUGGAUCUUUCUCAUAAUAAAUUGAAGACAUUAGAAGCAGAUUCGUUCAACGGCUUAUCAAGCUUAACGUAUCUGGAUUUGUGCGAUAAUUUACUUUCACAAUUAUCGCCGCAAGCUUUUGCGGCACUUCCAAAUCUUCGAUUUUUGCGAAUGCGGGGGAAUCGUUUGAGCGUUUCAGCUCUUUCGGCGUUAAGAGGUCUGAAGAAUUUGGAAGAACUCGAUCUGUCGAGUAAUUUAUUAUUGGGACCAAUGGGACCAAAUCUUCUUCCGUGGAUGCCUCGUUUGCAUUUUCUUAGUGUAUCCGAGAAUGAAUUUAUCAAUGUACAACAAGGAGCUUUAAACGGUGCUAGAAAUUUGAGUUAUCUCAUCCUCAGUCAUAAUCAGAUCGACGUUUUGGAGGAUCACUCGUUCAAGCAUUUAUCUACAUUGACUAAAUUGGAUUUAGCUAAUAAUCGUAUAGUAGACGUUUCUAGCGCGUCAUUGGCACAUUUAGAAAAAUUGACUAAUCUAGAUCUAAUGCAUAAUUUCUUACGAUCUUUAACGGCUGAUCUAGUAGUGCCUUUGAAAAGUCUCGAAGAUUUACGUUUAGACGAUAACGAAAUUACGAUGGUUGCUAACGAUGUGCCGAUCUCGAAAUUACGAUUAAAACGACUCUCUCUUGCUGAUAAUCCUUUAAAUUGCGAUUGUACCCUCUUAGACUUUGCCACUUGGCUAAAUAAUUCGAGUUUAAGCGAGGAGGACAAAUCUUCCGCCGUUUGUGCCACACCACCUACCUUGGAAAAUGGAAUUUUGACUCAAGUCUCGCCAGGAAGUCUGCUAUGCGGAGAACCAUCUAUGAAUAGAGCAACUUUAAAGGAGUAUCGUUACAAUCAAUUAACUGGAAUUCAUCUUUUAUGGAACAUAGAGCCUUGCACAGAAAAUUACACUUGCGACACACUGAUCGUUUACGAAACUAUAGGGGACAACGAGGUUCAAACGGAGUCUAAUCCAUUACAUUGUGAUCCUCAUAUGAUGAAAGAUCCUUGUUCCUUGCCAGUAACCACCCCGCCGUCAUUUAAUUUACAGCUUGGUCAUAAAUAUCGUUACUGCGUAGUACUAUUUAUUCCAACGGCGUACAAUGACGAGUCUCUUGGUUUGGGUUGUAGCGACAUUAUAACGUUGGAAGAGACUAAACAAGAAGAACAGCAGGAUCAACUACCUGCAAAUACUAUUAAUUCUUUAGACGUCCGAAUAAUUGCAGUUCAUGUUAAUGUGUCUGAUCAAGGUUCUUUACACGUAAACGUCGGUUUAUCACCUUCGGAAAAAUCAGGUGCUUCGCCGUGCGAAAUCUCCAUAGUUGUCUUCAAUACUGAAACAGCCAUACAUAAAUGUAAAUUGAAUUGCAGUUUAACGUUUGUUAGUCUGGAAGUAUUAGUGCCAGGUCGUUACAAAGUAUGCGCCAGUCUAGACGAUCUUGCUAAUGCCGAAUCGAUUGCAUUUAGUAUUACUGAAAACGAUCGUGGUCGAUCUCAAUGCGUUGAGGUGCAACGUUUCAAACAAAAUACAGAAGCUAUUAUUUUAAUUAUCGUAGGAGCAACUUGUGCUCUCUUGAUCGUGCUCGUUUUAAUUGGUCGAAAUAUUGUACGUAAGAUCCGUCAUCCUAGAAUACAAACCCAAUGCUUUUUACCAGCCCAGGAAUUCGAAAUCACACAUAAGGCGCAUUACAUUAAAUUAUUGGCCACAACCAAGGUGUGAACAAUCGCUUGAACACUUUUGAGAAUAUUUCGUUUGCUAUUCCAUUGUGUGGAUCGAUCUUUUUAUUUUAAUAUAAUACCGAACGCGAUUGAUGAAUUAGAACUGCUAGUCAUAAAGAGGAAUUGGAGAUUUACAUACACCGUUAAAAUGUAUGUUGUCUAUCGACAUUUGUUUCUGAUUAUUGUAUAAACUUUAUUCAGAGAUACGUAUACAGAGUGAUAAUGCAUUGAGGAUUAUUUAAUACUGUAUACCGAUAAUUAAUCAAUACUAUGCAUGGUGUGUUUGUACAAAUGUACAUUUUAUAAUUUGCACAAGCAAAUGAAGUUUUAGAAUCGUGCUAUGAGUUUAUUUGAAAGCACUGCCAUUUUAAAACAUUCAGAAUAAUUCAUUCAAUGGGAUAUAUAUAUGUAGAGUUUGUUAUUGUUAAAGAUGAACAAUGAGUCUUCGCGAAAUAAUUUUAUUGAUUAAAAUAAUAAAAUAUAAGAAUAUAUUU